CAGACGCAGACAUUCAGGAAACCUCUAUAGGACAAGAAGCCAUAAAGAUGCCAACAAGCGCUCCAACUACAAGGAUCAUGCCUGCAGCAGGCAGGGUUGGGAAGAAAAACAAGCGAGCGGAUUCUCUUACAGAGAAGAUCCCAGACUACGACCCCAACAUCCCCGAGCCUACCUGCAGGGCUGAUCUCCUGAAAUACUGGUUCAACCUCUCCCUGGACGACAAGACAGCCAAUAAGAUGCUAUGGAUCACAGAGGAAGGAUCCAAGGUGUCCCGCAUGACCGAUACCGUCACCUGCCCCGUGCUGGACAGACCAGAGAGAUAUGAGCACGUCCCACAGGUUCUUUGCAAAGAAGGCAUCCUUGGCUUCAGAGCUUACUGGGAGGUGAAAUACACAGGGUGGGUGGUUGCUGGAGCCGCCUAUGAAGGUGCAGGAAGGAGGGGAAGCGAUGGGCAGUGCGGGCUGGGAGAAAAUGAGCAGUCCUGGGGUCUCGGAUGGGGGGGAUCGCACUACCAAGUGUGGUUCAACGGCCUCAGCCAGGAGAUCUGGGAGAUCCCUCAAUGCACCACCAUCGGGGUCUACCUCGACCAUCCGGCCGGCGUCCUCAAUUUCUACGCAGUUGAAGAAGUGGAAGACGGAGCCGACGUGCGCAAAGAGAUCCGACUGCUGCGGCACAUCAAGAGCUCCUUCCAGGGCAGAAUGCUGCCCGGUUUUUGGGUUGGACAGAAGUCAGCGUGUUGGUUUGUGAAAAAAGACGAGUAAAGUGAUGAGUUUGUCCGUUACUGAACCAUUUUCAUACAUUUCCAUUGAGAUUUAUUUAACAAAUUGUUGUUUUUUGUUUUGUUUCAUAAUGCAUUGAAGAUGUGUAGAUUAAUUAAAAAGAUUUGCAAAACCUUUUCUGUAGAAACAGCUAUUUAUUGAACUGUUGGUUGUUUGAGUGCUUCUGUUUGCACAACUUGUUUGCUCAAAGCAGAAUGGUAUAUGUUGUGUCGAGUAGUCGUGUCGCAUAUCUCUCUGAAGCACUGUCCUCUGUUUGUUCUGGCAUCACAGGCAUGUUGGAAUCUGAACAAAUAUUUGUUUGUGUAACUUCAUCUGAA